GGUGGUUUUGUAUGUGCGCCCGACAUGGCGGGGGGCGGAUGGAUUUCAUUUCACCCCGGCAGCGGCAGCCGGCAGGCCGUGCUUUUCCCAGAGAUUUUUAAGGUCGUGCGUCACGGCUGCCGAUGGCGGCCGCUCGCCUUUCGCCGCCCCUCUUCCGUGCUCGCUCUUCCCCUUCCGUUUGUUUCCAUGCUCUCACCCUCACCCUCUUCCAUGGCCGGGGGUCCACAUAAGAGACAGAGCUUUGGUUGCUCUCCCUCUCAUGGUUGGUGGCACUUCCCUAGCCUGGCGAAACUAAUCCCACUAGGCGGUGUCAGGAGGGGAGCUAUAUAUAACCACCUCCAUUGUAUAGCUUGUUUCCUUGUAAUACCCGGCCCCCAUCCAUCACCGGCUCGAUCGAGGCUUCUGGCUCCGGCGGCCGUCACCGAUCAUUCAUUCCCUUUGCCUCUACUCCUUCUGCUGGCUUGUUCUUCCAUCGAUCAAUCCCGUCGGGUACUCUGAAUUGGUACUACAUAUACGUACAGACAGACCCUUCUUCUUCCUUGUUAGCUCCAUAGCCGUCACUAGCUAGCUACUCCUGCUUUGGGCGGCGGCCGCCGUGAUGAGCAUCUCGGUGAACGGGCAGUCGGUGGUGCCUCCGGGGUUCCGGUUCCACCCGACGGAGGAGGAGCUGCUGACCUACUACCUGAAGAAGAAGGUGGCGUCGGAGCGCAUCGACCUGGACGUCAUCCGCGACGUGGACCUCAACAAGCUGGAGCCAUGGGACAUCCAAGACAAGUGCCGCGUCGGGUCGUCGUCAGGCCCUCAGAACGACUGGUACUUCUUCAGCCACAAGGACAGGAAGUACCCGACGGGGACGCGCACCAACCGCGCCACGGCGGCCGGGUUCUGGAAGGCCACCGGCCGCGACAAGGCCAUCUACGCGGCCGGCGGCGCCGCCCGCCGCAUCGGCAUGCGCAAGACGCUCGUCUUCUACCAGGGCCGCGCGCCGCACGGGCACAAGUCCGACUGGAUCAUGCACGAGUACCGCCUCGACGCCGCCGACGCCGACCAUCACCAUCCAUGCUGCUACCCCUCGCCGCCUCCUCUUCCUACUGCGAUCGUCCGUGGCGCGGCGGGGCCGGGGGACCAAGUGCCGCAGGAGCAGGAGGGGUGGGUGAUCUGCAGGGUGUUCAAGAAGAAGAACCUCGUGCACCACGGCGCCGCCCAGAGCAGCGGCGGCGGCGGUACGGCGGCGGCGGCGUCCAAGAUGGAGAGCAGCCCGACCAGCACCACCAUCAUCGGUGACCACGCCAGCGACGACGCGCUCGACCACAUCCUGCAGUACAUGGGCGGCGGCGACACCAAGCCGGCGCUGCUGAACCACAACCAACACCUUGCUGCCGCGGCAGAUGCUACUACUACUACGACCGCCGCGUGUCCUGCCGCCGCCACAAGCGCCGGCCUCUACGGGAACAACAAGUUCAUGAAGCUCCCGCCCCUCGAGCACGCCGGCGGCUGGCUGCCGCCGAGUCCGGGGCCGUGCGAGUACGGCGCCUCGGGGAUCGCCGACUGGGACGCCCUGGACCGGCUCGCCGCCUACGAGCUCAACGGCCUCUCCGACGCGUCCAAGAACAUGGCCGCCUUCUUCGACGGCGACCUCUGGAGCAUGGCCAGAUCGGUGUCGGCGCUACACGCGGCGGAUUUGGCCAUGAACAACGCCUAGUCUAGUGUUGCCGUAGUCGACCAACAGCACCGACAUCCAUGGCGUACGCAUGCAUGCCGCACCACUAGCUACGUACUCGAACAGCAACGACGUGCAUGUGCGCCACUGCGUCGUACGUGUUGCAUGGCCGCCGCCGUACGUGCGUGAAUAAUCCCUAGGGAUCGGACUUGGAGACGUGCAUCCGUGGCCGGACAGGAGCUGCUGCUGAUGUAUGUCCGUCCAAGUCCAAAGUCCAAACUCUCAAAAUUAAAGUGAGCUGAGCUGAGCUGAGCUUGAGCUCGCUCGAGGUGUGCAGUACGUAAGUCGAUCGAUCUAUGUGUGUAAAAUUAAAGCAGAGCACGAAGAAAAUCGGCGGGGACGUAGCAAUCAAAGGACAUACAGUACAUAUUUUUCCUCCACCACCAUUUGUGCCUACAUACAUAGAUUACUGUAUCUUAUUAUUACAGACCGUUUUUUUGUUUAAUUUCUCUAGGUAGCUAGUGCCCUGAGGUGAGUGAACGUCAUUUCAUCCCAUUAUAUUCCUUGUGCCACCUUGUGUUGCAUUAAUUAUCGUUUAACUAUCCAA